AUGUGUUUUGCUGUCCUGGAAACUCCUUUUGUUGGAAAAGAGACUGUGCAGACAACAGAAGACCAGAUCUUGAAAAGGGAUAUGCCACCCGCGUUUAUCAAAGUGGAGAAUGCCUGCACCAAACUUGUUCGGGCAGCCCAGAUGCUGCAAGCAGAUCCUUAUUCUGUACCAGCUCGUGACUAUCUCAUUGAUGGAUCAAGAGGCAUCCUUUCUGGAACGUCAGACUUGCUUCUGACAUUCGAUGAAGCUGAGGUCCGUAAAAUCAUCCGUGUCUGCAAAGGAAUUUUGGAAUAUCUGACUGUGGCGGAAGUAGUAGAGACUAUGGAGGAUUUGGUGACAUACACAAAGAAUCUAGGGCCAGGUUUGAUUUGCUGCAAAUACAUGAAUACUGUGAAGGAGCUAUUGCCAGUACUUAUUUCAGCUAUGAAGAUUUUUGUAACCACAAAAAAUUCUAAAAGCCAUGGAAUAGAAGAGGCCCUAAAAAAUCGCAAUUUCACAGUAGAGAAAAUGAGUGCUGAGAUAAAUGAAAUAAUCCGUGUAUUACAGCUCACUUCCUGGGAUGAAGAUGCCUGGGCCAGCAAGGACACUGAAGCCAUGAAAAGAGCUUUGGCCUUAAUAGAUUCGAAGAUGAACCAGGCAAAAGGCUGGCUGAGAGAUCCAAAUGCACCUCCGGGGGAUGCUGGUGAGCAAGCAAUAAGGCAGAUCCUUGAUGAAGCUGGAAAAGCGGGAGAACUAUGUGCAGGCAAAGAACGCAGAGAGAUUCUGGGAACCUGCAAAACACUGGGCCAGAUGACUGAUCAGGUGGCUGAUCUCCGAGCUAGGGGACAGGGUGCUACACCAAUGGCUAUGCAGAAAGCACAACAGGUGUCACAAGGUCUGGACUUGCUCACUGCAAAAGUGGAGAAUGCAGCCCGCAAAUUGGAGGCCAUGACAAACUCUAAGCAGGCAAUUGCUAAGAAGAUUGACGCUGCUCAGAAUUGGCUAGCAGAUCCUAAUGGGGGCAGCGAAGGAGAAGAACAUAUUCGGGGAAUUAUGGCUGAAGCAAGGAAAGUUGCAGAAUUAUGCGAAGAGCCUAAGGAAAGAGAUGAUAUCCUUCGCUCCUUGGGAGAAAUCUCUGCUUUGACAGCUAAGCUGUCAGAUCUACGAAGACAUGGAAAAGGUGACUCUCCAGAGGCCCGUGCAUUGGCUAAGCAAAUAGCUACAUCACUUCAGAAUUUACAGUCCAAAACAAACAGGGCUGUAGCAAAUACUAGGCCAGUUAAGGCAGCUGUCCAUUUGGAAGGCAAAAUUGAGCAAGCUCAAAGGUGGAUAGACAAUCCUACCGUUGACGAUCGAGGAGUAGGCCAGGCAGCAAUUCGGGGACUGGUUGCGGAAGGUCGUCGUUUAGCCAAUGUUAUGAUGGGACCUUAUCGUCAAGACCUGCUAGCCAAAUGUGACCGUGUAGACCAGCUGGCUGCUCAGCUAGCUGACCUCGCAGCGAGAGGGGAGGGAGAGUCUCCUCAGGCUAGGGCAGUUGCUGCUCAGCUGCAGGACUCACUGAAGGAUCUUAAAACACGGAUGCAAGAAGCAAUGACCCAGGAGGUUUCUGAUGUUUUUAGUGACACUACUACUCCCAUUAAAUUGUUAGCAGUAGCAGCCACUGCUCCUUCUGAUGCUCCCAAUAGGGAUGAGGUGUUUGAUGAAAGAGCAGCAAACUUUGAAAACCAUGCUGCCAGACUGGGAGCUACAGCAGAAAAAGCAGCUGCAGUUGGAACGGCUAAUAAAACUACUGUGGAAGGCAUUCAGGCAACUGUGAAAUCAGCAAGAGAACUUACCCCCCAGGUAGUAUCAGCUGCCCGUAUUCUCCUGAGGAAUCCUGGAAAUCAAGCUGCUUAUGAGCAUUUUGAGACCAUGAAAAACCAAUGGAUUGAUAAUGUAGAAAAAAUGACAGGGUUGGUGGAUGAAGCCAUUGAUACCAAGUCUCUGUUAGAUGCAUCAGAAGAGGCUAUUAAGAAAGAUCUUGAUAAAUGCAAAGUUGCAAUGGCCAAUAUUCAACCUCAGAUGCUGGUGGCUGGUGCUACCAGCAUUGCUAGACGAGCAAACCGAAUCCUACUGGUUGCAAAACGGGAGGUUGAAAAUUCAGAGGACCCUAAAUUCCGGGAGGCUGUUAAAGCAGCCUCUGAUGAGCUAAGCAAAACUAUAUCACCAAUGGUAAUGGAUGCAAAAGCCGUGGCAGGAAACAUUUCUGAUCCUGGUUUGCAAAAGAGUUUCUUGGAUUCUGGAUACAGAAUCCUGGGAGCCGUAGCCAAAGUCAGAGAAGCCUUCCAGCCUCAGGAACCAGAUUUUCCGCCGCCUCCUCCAGACCUUGAGCAGCUUCAUCUGACUGAUGAGCUUGCCCCUCCAAAACCACCACUACCAGAAGGUGAAGUUCCCCCACCUAGACCGCCACCACCUGAAGAAAAGGAUGAAGAGUUCCCAGAGCAGAAAGCAGGGGAAGCUAUUAAUCAGCCCAUGAUGAUGGCUGCUAGACAGUUGCAUGAUGAAGCUCGGAAAUGGUCUAGCAAGCCUGAUGUGACUGUGAUUAAUGAAGCCGCUGAGGCUGGUGUAGAUAUAGAUGAGGAGGAUGAUGCAGAUGUUGAAUUCACUCUCCCCUCUGACACUGAAGAUGAUUACGAGCCUGAGCUGCUGUUAAUGCCAACCAAUCAGCCUGUUAACCAGCCCAUUCUGGCCGCUGCUCAGUCUCUACAUCGAGAAGCAACCAAGUGGUCUAGUAAGGGUAACGACAUCAUUGCUGCCGCUAAACGAAUGGCGCUGCUAAUGGCAGAGAUGUCUCGCCUGGUGAGAGGCGGUAGCGGAAACAAGCGCGCGCUUAUUCAGUGCGCGAAGGAUAUUGCUAAAGCAUCGGAUGAAGUUACUCGGCUGGCCAAAGAGGUGGCAAAGCAAUGCACUGACAAGCGCAUUAGAACUAACCUCUUGCAGGUCUGCGAGCGAAUCCCAACCAUCAGUACACAACUCAAAAUCCUCUCCACUGUCAAAGCUACCAUGCUGGGCAGAACUAAUAUCAGUGAUGAAGAAUCAGAACAGGCAACUGAGAUGUUGGUUCAUAAUGCUCAGAACCUCAUGCAAUCUGUAAAGGAAACUGUGAGAGAAGCUGAAGCAGCUUCCAUUAAGAUUAGAACAGAUGCUGGAUUCACCCUUCGCUGGGUCAGAAAGACUCCAUGGUAUCAGUAGACACUCGCCCCAUAAGUAUUGUUUUCUGUAACAUAAAAUGCCUCUUUUUGGAAACAGAAGAAAAAUAUUAACAGCAAAAGGUGCUGUAAACGAGCUUAAAAUUAGCUUAUGCUAAUGCCCCAUUCUAAGGGUAUGAGUUUUAUGUAUAUGCAUUUCAAGUAUCUUCGGAAAGCGUUUGGUAUCAAACACGUCAUAAUUGCUUCCGAUAGUAGCCAGUUUUUAUCCUUUUUUGCUUUUGAAGAUUUGAAUCUUCAUGAAUUCUGUAAUCCCAGAAGCACAUUUCAUUUAUGCACUGUACGUUCUAGUAAUUUCCAUGUGGUGAUAUGCAUGGACUUCACUUUGAGCUUGUACCGAAAGUCUGAGACACUAACAGUGUUACUUGGCGCAAUGAUACAGGGAUAAUCAUUGAUAUAUAAACAUUCAACUUUUCAAAGAGAUUUUAGUUAGCUAUUCUUAAACCAUGCAGAAAUGAUGAAAAGUGUGUUUAAAAAAAAAAAAAAACAGUAAGGAGGGCAGAACACUUGUGAAGUGAGGAUGAAAAACCCGUUGCUGAAAUUGUUUUUUUUUUUUCUUUUCUUGCUGUUAAUUUUGCUUGGCAACAAUAAUUUAAGUCAACAAAAACUGGAGCUGUCUUUGUCACCCUGUUGCCAUCCUCUAGGUGGGCAUUCCAGAGCUCUUAUUCUGUCCUGAAAUGCUUCACAGUGGAUGUUUGUGGCACGCCAUGGGCAGCUUGAGCCUUAUGAUUGAAGGCCUUAAAUCACAGAACUUUUUCUUUCUUGCUUAGUUUAGUGAUGUGAGCUGAAAAAUCUUGGUUCUCUUAAGCUAGCUGCACAUACCCAAAACAAAGAUAAUCAUGUCCAGGAUCAGCAAAUGUCAUGCCCUGGCUCUUUCACUUUGAAAACCAAAUGAUCACAUACAUAUAGCAUUAUUCUAAUUUUUCUUUCAUCUCUCCAUCUAAUGUUAUUCCAGUCACUGACGGUAGAAAUUAAAAGAUGAACAACAAUGUUCAAUUCAAGAAGCCUCUCUGCCCUUCUUUCUAGCAAUGAAAUAGCAGUUGCAUAAGCUUGUCCAAAUCCAAGUGCUGCAGGGACACGAAAUCCUAUAUUUAGGUAGCCAGAUGACAACUGACAGUCAGUUGUUCCUAAUACUAAACCUUUCAGAUAUUUUUACUGUUUUUAAACAUAUUUAGAGGCCUGAAGUUCAAAAACCUUUUCAAGUCCUAGUAAUAGUAAAUUGAACAAAGUGUUAGUAUGUCUUUUAAAAAAAAAAAAUUUGUUAGUAAAAUAUACUUGAUAUUUUUAUGCUUCCAUAAUUGAACAUGCCUUUAUAUAUAUUCAUGUUAAUUGCUCAAUAGUCUCCUUUGGCAUUUGACAAAAAAGGGAAUUAUUGUUUUAGAAUGGGUCUCUGUAUGUUUACAAGGAACUCUUUCAAACUUCUACCCAGAGCAGCAUUGACAUUAUGAGGACCCUUUAAUUUCCAUUUACUAAAAAUUGUUGCAUGGUUGAACCACCUUGAUUAAAGUGCCCUUGUGGAAAAACUGCUCGGUUAGCCUAACAAAUGAAAAGCAGAGACACAAUAUAGUCAGUUGUUCUUUGCCUGUCUGUAACAGUUAUUCUACACUUGGAUUUUCUUUAUUCCCCUUUCCUGCACUGUUUUCUUAAAAGGGAAGUUAAACUGAUUAUAAGACAUCUGCCUCAAACUGACUGUAGCAAGAGAAAGUGUGUUCCUCCUUAAUUCACUCCCUGUGUCUGGGUAUUAUGAAGCACAUGGUACUUAAGAUCUUUCCUUAGUAUUCUCUUCCUGUAAUUACCUGUAACAGGAAGAGUAAGGAAGGGAUGCCAGAGCCUUAACCUGAACGUCUUGCGUUUGGUUGGUUUAUACCAGAUCUUUAACGUAAUUGUAAUGUAGUCAUUUCUAUUUAACAGUGAAUAACACUGAAUAGGUAGGGGUUAUUUUUAAGCAGUCCUCUGAAGAGUCUUCCUGUAUUUCUUUUCAAUGCUUCUCCCUCCCCUCCCUGUCUGCCGCCCCCUCCCCCCCAAUUCAGACUUCUCCAUGAGACUUUUUUUUAGCAUCACUGUUUAGUUGCUUGACUGAUAUUAAUGCAAUAUUACUAAUGCCUUUAAUACAUAAUUGUUUAUGCCAAAGAUCACUUUUUGUUUAUUGAGGAGUGUUUGUGGGAAAGUUAUGAAUCAUGGUUGCCUUUGAUACUCUGAGAAUGUUUGCUAUGAGUUCUUGAACUGUUUUGUAGAAGCCGAGAUGCUUGUCCACCUUAUGCAAUUACUGCUUUUUUUGAACACUAUUGGUCUUCAUACCUGAAACGCAGCAAAAUUUGAAAAAGACCAUGAAUGUCUGUUAGAAAUGUUUUACCACUAUAAAACUUCAUUUAUAAACCAAAAUGUGUUAUAUAGUCUAAUGUUUUCAACCUUUUUCUUUGGUUCUGUUAAAACAAUAAAAAUGCAUUUGUACAAAUGUUAGCUUGAGUUUUACAAGUUCUGAACAGAAGGGUGCAAAACUCUUGAAACAGGAAAAGAGGACUAGACAAGUUGGGCUUUUUCUCUUGCACUAGUAAAAUUAGCAAUGAAAACUAUUUAUUGGAAGCUGUGGCCCAGUGG